AUGGCAGAGAAUACGAGGCUGAAGGAGUUAUCAAAUGACCUGAAGAGUCUGCAGCUUGAUAUGCAGUGCAUGCGCGACAUUGUGGAGAGAACAGAGACUGAGAGCAAGAAUAUGCGUGAGUUAGUAGAACGAAUAGAGGCUGCCAGUAAUUCACGUUUGGAGCGCUUGGAGAAGGCUAUUGGUGAUUUCCUCCAAGCUCCGAAUCCUAGAGUUGAUAAGCUUGAGGCCACUAUAGAGAAUUUGGUGCGACAACCCAAUCCUCGGCAUGAGAAACUUGAAGCUAGAGUUGAGACUCUGGUUCGAAUGGUUGAGGCUACACAAAGAGAUAAUGAAGCACGCAAGGUGUUGCAAAUAGGCAGCUCAGAUGGAGGAAGCGGAGCGAACAGCUACAUGAAUCAGCGACAGGUAAAAAUCGAUUUCCCUCGGUUUGAUGGCACUGACCCCCAUGGAUGGAUUUUCCGUGCAGAGCAGUACUUCGCAUUUUAUCAGAUGACCACGCCUCAGAGAAUUAUUUUGGCAUCAAUUCAUAUGGAUGGAGCGGCAAUACCCUGGUUCCAGAUGAUGCUAAAAUCGAACCUACUAACUACAUGGGAAAGUCUCACCCAAGCUAUUGAAGCUCAUUUCGGCCCUACGCAAUUCGAACAUCCGAGAUCACAGUUAUUCAAGCUUACUCAGACAGAUUCAUUGGACUCCUACCACCAACAAUUUAUGACUCUUGCUAAUCGAACUGAAGGAGUGACUGACGACGCUCUUUUGGAUUGUUUUGUUGGGGGUCUUAAGCCAAAGUUACGUCGAGAAGUGGUUGCUCGUUCUCCGGGAAAUUUAUUGAAGGCAGUAAGCCUAGCUCGAUUGUUUAAUGAGAAAUAUCAUCUGGGAAAUUGGGUAAGCAAGGGCAAGGGACACAUUGGUGUGGCUGGAAAUGCCGUCCCUCUAUCAAAUAAGCCUGUCACAACAACGACGGCUGUUGCGGGGUCGUCUUUCAUUAAACCAUCGACUGUUCCAUUACUGCCCACACCCAAUAUUAAGCCAUUGACGGCUGUACGUAAAAUUACACCCGCAGAAAUGCAGAUCCGGCGAGAGAAAGGUUUGUGUUACACUUGUGAUGAGAAAUUUUCUCCAAAUCACAAAUGCAUGAAUCGACAAUAUAUGUGGUUGCAAAAUGAAGAUGAUAAAGAGGAACCGGAGUCCCCACCGUCCCUUACAGCUACAGAUACGCCAAAAAUAGAGGACACAGCUACCUACCAUCACAUCUCACUACAGGCUUAUAAUGGGACUGCAGGGCGAACUACAAUACGGUUCUCUGGGAUAGUCAAGGGCAUGUCCGUACAGGUCUUGCUUGAUGGCGGAAGUUCUGAUAGUUAUAUUCAUCCCAGAGUAGUUAAACACCUCAAGGUACCGGUGGAGCCAAUUAAGUCCAUGAAGGUUUUGGUAGGAAAUGGACAAUUAAUGCAAGGAUUGGGCUUGGUAAGGGAACUUCCAGUCCAAAUCUGUGGACAAGUGAUUUUGAUUUCUGCAUAUGUCCUUGAGAUAGCCGGAUCAGACAUUGUGAUAGGCUCGGAUUGGCUCGCUACCCUUGGCCCACAUGUGGCAGACUAUAGUAAUGCCACAAUCAAGUUUUUGGCCCAUAAUAAUUUCGUCACUUUAAAAGGGCAAAAGGAUGCUAGGUGUGAGAUGACCCAACUCCACCAACUUCAUCGAAUUCAUAUGACAAAAGGCAUCAGUGAAGUGUAUCUGGUGCAGAUGAUGGCCUUGGAAAGUUUAUUAAGUCUUGACAAGUCCGACGUAUUGCAAGAAGAUUUGGAUACUGUGCUUUCUAAAUACUCAAUUGUUUUUGAGACCCCACACGAGCUUCCACCCUCAAGGGAAUGUGACCACAGAAUUAUUUUACAACCAGGAACAGGGCCUGUUAAGGUCCGCCCGUACCGCUAUCCUUUUAGUCAAAAGGCAGAAAUUGAACGUAUGGUUGAAGAGUUGUUACAAGAUGGAUUUAUUCAGCCAAGUGUUAGCCCGUUCUCAGCGCCUGUACUCCUGGUUAAGAAAAAGGAUGGUUCCUGGAGAAUGUGUGUUGAUUACAGAGCUCUGAAUGCGAUCACAGUAAAAGACUCUUUUCCUAUGCCAACAGUGGAUGAACUUUUAGAUGAGUUAGGUGGCUCAAAAUAUUACUCAAAGCUUGAUCUUCGUGCUGGUUAUCACCAAGUUCGGAUGCAUGAAGCAGACCGAGACAAAACGGCAUUUCGAACUCAUCAAGGAUUGUACGAAUGGCUUGUCAUGCCAUUUGGCCUCACCAAUGCUCCUGCUACAUUUCAAGCUUUGAUGAAUUCUGUUUUUAAAGCUUAUUUACGCAAAUUUGUACUUAUAUUUUUUGAUGACAUUCUUAUAUACAGUGCCACUUGGUCUCAGCAUCUCGAACAUAUUGGGUUAGUGCUAGAGCAAUUAGUUGCUCACCAAUUAUAUGCAAAGAAAUCAAAGUGUUCUUUUGGCCAGACACAAAUUGAAUAUUUGGGUCAUGUGGUAGCGGCAAAUGGCGUGUCUAUGGAUCUUUCAAAAGUGGCAGCAGUACAACAAUGGCCAACACCUGCAAAUGUCUCCCAACUCAGGGGAUUUCUUGGGUUGACCGGAUACUACCGAAGAUUCAUUCAUAAAUAUGCUUCGAUAGCACAGCCCUUAACUCGAUUAUUGCAGAAAAAUGGGUUCAUUUGGACUAAUGAGGCACAAUCGGCAUUCGACUUGCUUAAAAAAGCUUUGACCGAGGCCCCUGUUUUGGCUCUCCCAGAUUUUUCUUUGCCAUUUGUGGUUGAAACGGAUGCCUCAGGGUGUGCGAUUGGGGCGGUAUUAAGUCAAAAUGGACACCCUAUUGUCUAUUUCUCGAAACAACUUUCCUCUCAGAUGCAAGCUCAGUCAGCCUAUGUUCGGGAAUUAUUUGCUAUCACGCAGGCUGUGGUUCUUCAGACCCCUGAACAAGAGCUUUAUCUACCCAAGUUACUAGGAUACAGGUUUGCCAUUGAGUAUCGACCGGGUAAAACAAAUUUGGCAGCUGAUUCCUGUCCAGAGUGA